GCGAUGGUGAAGCGGAAAGAGGAUAAGGAGCGGCGAGAGUGCAGCGAGGUCUCAAGGAAGGAAUACGGGCGUAAGAUCGCCGAUAAUCAAUGCCAAUGGCCUACGAAGCAUUAUGGCAUGAAUACAUGCAGAUGCCCGUGGUGACGCGGGCUUACACCACAGCCUGUGUCAUCACGACCCUUGCCGUGCAAUUGGACUUGGUAUCCCCAUUUCAACUGUAUUUCAAUCCUAUUCUUAUUGUGGAACAGUACCAGAUAUGGCGGUUAAUAACAACAUUCUUGUUUUUUGGAAAUAUUGGAUUCAAUCUGUUGUUCAAUAUGAUAUUCACAUAUCGAUAUUGCCGUAUGUUGGAAGAAGGAUCUUUUCGAAGGAGAACAGCUGAUUUUGUAAUGAUGUUCAUUUUUGGCGGAAUAUGCAUGAUUACUUUUGCAUUCUUCGUGAAUUUGCUAUUUCUGGGGCAUGCAUUUACUAUAAUGUUGGUAUAUGUAUGGUCGCGACGAAAUCCUUUCGUCAGGAUGAACUUCUUCGGACUUUUAAAUUUUCAAGCUCCAUAUCUACCAUGGGUACUGUUAGGUUUCUCUGUAUUGCUUGGUAAUACAAUAUGGGUCGAUCUUGUUGGAAUGGCAGUAGGACAUACUUAUUAUUUUGCGGAGGAUGUAUUCCCACGAUUAAGAGGCGGUUUCCGGAUUUUGAAAACUCCACAAAUACUUAAGACUUUGUUCGACGCACAUCCUGAAGAUCCGGAUUACAUGCCGCCGCCGGAAGACAGGCCAGGUGGCUUCAAUUGGGGGCAGGAAGCCAAUGUGCAGUGAUCAAAACAUUCAAUAGUUUUCUUCCUAAUGUUGUUUCUUAUGUCAAAUUAUUCGAGAACAUUGCGGAAGCGCGUGUCCCCAUCGUUGUUCCUUCAUCUUUAGAAUUAUUAAUAACUUGAUAUUUGGAUUUGUGUAUGCAAAGACACACACACACACACACAUAUGACAAGAAUAUGACAAGAAUAAUAUACAAGAGCCUAUAUUCUGAAUUCUUUUAUCAAUAAAAGUGCCUUUUAAAAUGGCUUAUAUAAGUCUUCUGAUUGGCUACACAAGCCACUUUUAUUAAUAUAAGAAAAACUCAGAAUAUGCGCCAAGAUGUAUAUAGAAUGUAAAGAAUAAUAUAUA